GCAGGCAGCGCCAUGGCGGGGUACAGCGUGGAGGAGCGCGCCGCGCCUCAUAGCCUGCAGUACCGGCUCUUCUUCAAGGAUGCCGCCGGCCGUUACAUCUCUCCCUUCCAUGAUAUCCCUAUCUACGCGGAUGCCGGCAAGCACGUGUUCAACAUGGUCGUGGAAGUACCUCGAUGGACAAACGCUAAAAUGGAGAUUGCAACAAAGGAUCCCUUAAACCCCAUCAAGCAAGACGUGAAGAAAGGAAAGCUACGCUUCGUAGCCAACGUGUUUCCCCAUAAAGGUUAUAUCUGGAAUUAUGGUGCUAUCCCACAGACUUGGGAGGACCCAGGUCACAAAGAUGAGAACACUGGCUGCUGUGGAGAUAACGAUCCCAUUGAUGUGUGUGAGAUUGGAAGCAAGGUCUGCUCUCGAGGAGAAGUCAUCAAAGUGAAGGUGCUGGGCACCCUGGCACUGAUUGAUGAGGGGGAGACAGACUGGAAGGUAAUUGCUAUUAAUGUUGAAGACCCUGAAGCAGACAACUAUAAUGAUAUCAGUGAUGUCAGAAGGUUGAAGCCUGGAUACUUAGAAGCUACAGUGGACUGGUUCAGAAGGUACAAAGUACCUGAUGGAAAGCCAGAAAACCAGUUUGCUUUUAAUGGGGAGUUUAAAGACAAGGAUUUUGCCAUCAGCAUCAUCAAGAGCACUCAUGAGCACUGGAAAGCUUUAAUAGCGAAGAAGACUGACGGAGGGGAGAUCAACUGCACAAACCUGACGGUGUCUGACAGCCCUUUCUGCUGCAGUCAAGAGUGUGCAAAAGCUACUGUGGAUGCACUCGCACCACCCUGUAAAGCUGCCAACCCCAUCCCACCUGAAGUUGACAAGUGGUUCUACUACCAGAAGAACUAAGGCCUGCGGAUGGGUGGUGGGGAGACAGCUGCGUCCUACCCACCAAGGAGUCACCAGAACAUAGACCCGGAAGAAUAGCUUCAGUGUCAACCAGAAGACCUUGCCUGCAACAUUUGCCGAUGUAGAAUUCCUUGUAUAGCAGUGAUGUGUCUGCUGCAUCAAGGUCUGGUGGAGCCUAGAGGACCUAAUUUAUCAAGUGGAAGCACCCUGCCGGUGCGUGGCCGUGCGGCGCACUUUGUAAGCACGACGGAAGGUCGCUCGCCUGGUACGUGGCUGGAUGCUAGAAAUAAAAACU